AUGUAUGCAUCCGACGCGGCGUUCUUGGUGGUCGUCUUCAUAGGGACCCAGAUAUGGGGUUUCUUCGGCCAUAUACCGGGCACGAUGAUUGAUCCACGGCAUUCAACUAUACAGCGCUUCUUCAGUAGCUUUCAGCUGACGGGUACGCUCUACGCUAUUCAACAUAUCAAUCUACGUAUUCAUCCGGAUCCCGAAUUUAUUACUCUGGGUGAGCUUAAAGAAAUGAGACAAGAUCCGCUGUUGCCAGAACUUGACAGUAUUAUGCAAAGGGCCAUGGAUAAUUUUCUUAGAAACCAGAAUGAUUUAUCUCCAGGAACGUUCGCUGUGAAACGAGGAAAUAUGACCGUGGAUGACCAUCCUGUCAUUCGCGCUCCAAAUGGCUUCUUCGAAAAACGGGUUCAUCCUGGGACCCCCGGAUUUGUGACUGUCUGGGACGUUGCUUGGACACUGGUAUUUUGGACUAUCCCUGCAGUCAUGCUAAGCAUUUUGGUCUUGAGGGAAUCCAGGAAAAGAGCAGGUAACCGCACCGUAUCCGAUGAUGGCGACACUCCCAAUAGCAGUUUUGACAAGUUUCAUGGAUUCGUGGAACAAAAGUUACAAGAGUUCUCUUUCCAGCUCCAAGAUGCUAUUCGAAAUGGGAAUGGGAAUAACAACAACCCUUUUACAACCGACUUGGAAAGCUUCAGUGACUCUCCCGGGAAAACAUUGCAAGAGGAUGUGAAUGCCCAUCUCGAACAGAAACUUGAACCUGAGCUGCGGACGAUUCGUAAUAGAACCAGUGACGACUCCUUCGUAUCCCAUUUCAAAAUAUUCCAUGAUUCCCUGGGGAAAUUGUUGCAAGAAAAUGUAGCUAUCCGACAGGAGUUAGAGACAAUCAGCAGUGAAAGCAACUGUUAUCACCCUGGCAAAGCUACGACGCAAGAGAUGAAAGACGCUGUGGUAUCUCGCGUUCAAGAGGUUAUCCAAACGGAAUUCCAGAAAAUACUUGCCAGUCUAGAGGCUCUAUGGACGAGCAACAUCGGUUCCAGUGAGAUAGGAGAUCAUAAAGAUUCUGGCGACGGUCUCUCCGGCCCAGAGCUCUUUAGAGAUGCCCUCACUGAUUUUCGAGCCAAGUUCACCGAUGUUUACGAUUCUAUAAGUUCGAUUCCUGCCCUGGUGAAGGAAAGCCUCGAUGCACUCCAUCGUGCUCGACCCAGUAAGGAGACAACUGAAGCUCUCGAUCACAUGCAAAGCCACGUCGAUGAGCAGUUACAAGCUCUGAUAAAGCGCAUAGAUAGCCUUGAAAGUGGUAGCUCCAGUGACGCCAAACAGAUCCAUGAACGGGUAUCUGAACUUGGGAACCAGCUGGUCAAAUUUAGGAAAUGGCUGGAGGAUAUUCAAGAUGGAACAAGAAGUGCUACCAUACAUAUGGUUCAUCAAUUGGAAAAUCAGUUGAACGGGUACAUGGAAAAAUGGAAUGCUGAGCUGGAGAAAGUGAAGGUUACAGUUACUCAAUUGGAAUCACAGCCUGGUCUCUCAGAACAGUCCCUAUUCGUUUCACAAGAAGACUAUGACAAGGGACUCUGCGAGGUUAAAAACAGUAUCUCAACGCUUUCCGAGGAAUUUGACGCCACUAAGAAACUGUGCCAUGACCUCCAAGAGAACCUCCAAAACCCGCCAAAUGAACAAGCAUCCCAGAAUGAGAGAUUCGGAGAACUUCAAAAGACCGUCACGGAGACAGUCUCGGCUACAGAGGAUCUGAAAACAAAGUAUGCGAACCUUGAGGCUCAUUUGAAUGUGGCAACAGAAACCAGUGGGGGAAGGGGCGAGAGGCUGGCGAAAGUCGAGUAUCCGGUCCAGGAAGCGACAGCGGAGCGAAACAAGACAGCUGAAAGAUUAACCAGAGCCAAAUCAUUGAUCCAAUCUGGGACAGAACAAUGUGACGGUAAGGAAGAGAGGUUGAAAAAGGUCGAAUUCUUGAUUCGGGAAACAGCUCAGGAACAGAACAAGACAGCUGAUGAAUUAACUAUGGCUGGGCCGUUCAUACAAACCGCGACAAGAAAAUGUGACAGCCAGGAAAAAGGAUUGAAGGCCGAAUCAUUGAUUCAGAAAGCGACAGAAGACCAAAACACUGGCAAGAAAUUAACUAACGCGGUCGUAAAGGCGCUAGAACAAAGCGACGGGCGGCUAACAAAGGUUAGGGCUUUAAUGGAAAAGGCGAAAGAAGACCACAGCAAAAAUUUCAGGAGAUCGGCCAGCGCUCAAUCCAUGAUUGAAACUAAUGAACAUUCCAUAGAGAAACCUCAGACCGACGUGGGGCAGCGCCAGAAACAAAGAGACUUAAUCGCAGAUGACGAUGAUAAAACCCCCAAGACGUAUGCCCCCGGGGAACGAGCGGCAGAGAGCAAUGUCCAUGGGGGAGGACCAUCUCGAACUUUAGGUGAUUUGUACCUCGAUCCAGCUGCUCCCUGGGAUAAUGGAUCCGGGCCAUUGACAGUCCCUGCGAAAAAGCCCACCCCUAGCACUUCUCCUCUUAAUCCCAAUGCAGCCGAGUUUAUUGUUCCAGUUUCUCAAGCCGGUGCUGCAUCUCCAGGAUUGAAGCCAAUCUCCACGAAAUCUGGAGGUCGUUUACCAGCAGAGAGACCUGGCCUCAACCCUGCUGCGGCGGAGUUCACCGCGCCGACAUCACCUGCAGGAAGUCUUUCUUCUCUGUCUCUUGAUCCAGCUGCAAGGGAAUUCGUUCCAGCACGGACGCCACAGCUGCAAGAUAAGAGCAAGAAAUCAGCUCGAGCCGGAUCAAAAGAACAGGAAACAAAGAAGGGCAGUAGGGAUGAAGAACGGUCUUUUGAGGAUAGCAAAAGCACUCACUCAUCUGACAGCUCACAGGCUGUGGCCGCCACUGAGCAUAUCUCUCGCAGGUCUGGGGAAAAGUUUGACUGGUCUGAAGAAGUUGAAACGGCAGUAGCUUGGAAUGUUUCUGAGUCACCGGCAACAUUGAAAACACCACCAACACCAUUGUCCAGUUCCCGCGCCCCCGGAGAUACAAGGAGAGAGGUAAAAGAGUGGAACGAAUUUGCUAGCCUUUGA